AUGACGGGAGAUUUUGAAAAGCCCCUUGUCAUUGGAAAAAAUGAAAAGCCAAGAUGUUUUAAACAUGUUAACAUUCAUGAUCUGCCAGUAACAUGGAAGUGGAAUCGUAAAGCUUGGAUGACUGGUGAAAUUUUCAAAGAUUGGAUUAAGUCUUUCCAUAACAAAAUGAAGUCUCAGAAACGCAAUGUGUUUCUUUUCUUACAUAAUGCUACAUCACACCCUGAGAAUUUAAACCUGAAUAAUGUUAAGAUUAAAUUUCUACAAAAGAACACUACAUCAGUUCUUCAACCGCUUGAUCAUGGUAUCUUACAGAACAUGAAAUAUGAUAAACAAGACCAUCAAGGAAAGACUCACUACAGAAAACGUUUGAUAAGAUCUGUGUUAGCUAGGAUAGAUGAUGGUGAAAAUGUAAGUGCUGAUGAGAUCUCAAAAAGUGUUAAUGCACUUCAGGCUGUGCGCUUUAGGAAAGCAGGAUUCAUUGAGGGAGGCCGACCUUAUGAGAGGGCAUCAAGAGAAAAGAUAUAUGUACAAGAAGACAUGACCGUUCAAGGGUUUCUAAACAUUGACAUUGAACUUCCUGUCCAUGAAGAACUGGAGUCGGACUUGGAAGAUAACUUAAUUAAAAAUAUGCAAGAAAAACAGCAAAAUGAACAAAUUGAUACUAGUGCUGAGAGUGAAGAAGAAAAAGAAAGUGAAUCUGUCAUGACAUACAAGGAGGCACUUGUGUGCAUAGAUCAGUUGAGACUAUUUUCUUUCUAG